GAGCAUGCGCGGCAGCAAGAAGGCGCGGGUUGCUAGUUUGCAGCUCGGCUUGGCGAUUAUUGUGCUUUAAAAACCUGCCGGGCCAUGCAGCGUCUUUCCCGGUGGGAUCCCGUGCGUCUAGGCCGGCUUUUCAAUAAGUGCCCUAGCUGCGUUGUGUUGUCAGCCAACGUUGCGCGGGGAAGAAGGUGCCUGUGAGGGGCGUACCCUCUGCCAUGAAGAAGAUUUUUGGCUUCAGGAGUAAGGGCCCAUCGCCCUUAGGCCCCUCUGCCCGCCCGCGCAGCAACUGCGUGGGCUUUGGACGCGAGAGUGCUAGUGGCUCCCACGUGCCCAGGUACCAUAUUCACGACAAGGAUAUGGGCAAGAUCCACAAGGCUGCAAGCGUGGGAGAUGUAGCCAAAGUGCAGCAUAUCCUUAUCCUUGGAAAAAGUGGCGUGAACGAUAGAGACAAGAAGGACAGGACUGCUCUACAUCUUGCCUGUGCUUACGGCCACCCAGAAGUGGUGACUCUCUUAGUAGAGAGAAAAUGUGAGAUAGAUGCCCGUGACAGCGAGAGCAGCACGGCCCUCAUUAAGGCCGUGCAGUGCCAGGAGGAAGAAUGUGCAGCCAUACUGCUGGACCACGGGGCCGAUCCAAAUGUGAUGGACAGCAGCGGCAACACCGCCCUCCACUACGCGGUCUACAGUGAGAACACGUCCAUGGCAGCCAAACUGCUCGCACACAAUGCAAACAUAGAAGCCAAAAACAAGGAUGACCUAACACCUAUGUUACUUGCUGUAAAGGAAAAUAAACAACAUAUUGUGGAAUUUUUAGUAAAGAAGAAAGCAAGUAUUCACGCAGUUGAUCAGCUUGGAAGCAACAGGCAAAUGUUUGAAUAUGAUGGGAAGAGACUACAAAGAUCUGAAAACAGCAAUCCAGUGGAUAAUGGUUCUGAAGAUGGCUCUUUAACCAGGUCUUAUAACACACCUGGCCCUGCUGAUUCCUGGCCGACAUCAGAUGAGGAGGACUAUAACUUUGACAACAAGAAUGUCCCCAAAAUUAAUUUGACAGAGUUGUGGACAGCUGCUCAGCAGUCUAGGAAAAACCAAACAAAAUGUGGCUUUGAGGAGCUAGACAAUGGAGCCCGGUUUGAUGACAGUGAUUCCCCUAGUGAAAGUGAAGAUGCCAUUGAGGUUGAGCCUGCGCCAUCAGUCAGAGUCCAGACCCUCUCCCCAUCCCGUCAGUCACCUGACCCUGUGGCCAGAGGUGUCCGAUGCCCUGGAACUGGAAUUGCAUGUGAAUCUGAGCUUCUGUGGGUGUACUGAGAAUUACAGUUGUGUCCUCUGAAGACAGCAAGUGCCCCUAACUGCCGAGCCGUCUUCCAGCCCCAUGUUGUCCUCUGAAUACAUUCUUCAUGUCUGCCUUCCUGGUCCUUUGUCUACCUCAGACAGAGGGCAUGGACCUUUCGCUUACUCACUGCAGCCUGUCUUACUCAUUUUCACCAAACAGUGAAUAGCAAGCACCCUGUGAGCUGCAGGGUGAGUGAAGUUUCUGUUUUCUCCCCGAUAGGAAGGAGCAACCGAGCUAGCAAUUGAAGGAGAAGAAAACGGUACUGAUGUUAUUGAGAGCGCUUCACAGGAGCAACCAAAUCAUGACAAUUUAACCCGUGCUGAUGGUUGGCACAAAAGUAAUAAAAGUGAAAUGAUGUCUGCAUUAGGAUUAGGAGAAGACGAAGAUGAACACUCGCCUUGGGAUUCUGAGAGUAUCUCCGAGAGUGUGUCACUGAAAGACGUAGGUCACUUCUCUGGGACUGCAGAUCAAACGGGAAAAAGGAGAGCACAUGGACAGAUAGAAGAUGUGACUUAUAUACCUUCUUGCAUGAGUGGAUCAAGAAGCUUUAAAAUGGCUAAACUAGAGGAGUCAAGAAAUGUAGGCCUUCCGGUAGCCCACAUGGAGGCCCCCAGGAAAUAUGCAAUCAUGGAGCCUACCAUCGAAAGGAGGGCUCCUGUUCUGAACAAAACGGAGACAGUGGGAAUGACGGAUGCACAGACUUUCAAGUCAGAGCCAGAAUCAGUAUCAAGAGAAGAACAGACAAGGCUCAGUGGCAGCGAGGACAGCCAGCAGAAGGUUGAAGAAAAGAGAAAAUACAAAAAUAACGAAGCAGAACCCUCAGGAAAUCUAUACAGCGGUGCUGCUGACGGCGGUGCUGAUGUAAAGCCACAGAGUGGAGACACUGAGAACCAGCAGUCUCCCCGGGAGGGGAGUGAGGGACGUGGCAGUGGUCCUGCCUUGCUUAUGAAGGAAGCAAAGAAAAUGGAAAAUGAAAAAUGGGUAUCCAGAGAGCCCGCGAGGACGGCAAUGAGUGAGCGCACCGGCUUACCAACUGGUGGCUGGCCACAAAUGCAGGAUGGUUCCUGCUGGAGUGACACGGACCAAAGUGAAGCCAGGCCCACAAAGAAAACAUCUAGUAAACAUAACAAGGACAGCGGGCAGACAGCUGCAGUGGACAACCUUGACGACUUUACUGAGUCGUCUGAAACAGCCUCUGAGGACCAUGAGCUCCAGGGCCCUGAUUCCGAGAGCAUUUUGUGUGCGAUCGAGCAUCUCAGACUGGAGUGUAAAGAUACUGCUAGUCUAUUGAAAAUCCGGGAUGCCGUUUAUUCAUAUAAACGAUUAAUAGAACUUAAAAGAAGCCACUGUGAACUACUUACAGGAAAACUGAAAAGAAUGGAAAACAAAUAUAAGGGAUUGCAGAAGGAAAUGUCAGAGACAGAAGAAGUGAAGUCACGGUUGGAACAUGAAAAGGUCGGAUGGGAACAGGAGCUCUGCAGGCUGAGAUUUGCACUGAAACAAGAGGAAGAGAAGAGGAGGAGUGCAGACCAGCUUUCUGAGAAAACCUCGGAGCAGCUUAGAAGGAAAGGCGAGCAGUGUCAGAGUGAGGUGGAAGCCAGGCAGCAGCUUGAAGCCUCUCUCAGAACCCUGGAGAUGGAGCUGAAGACGGUGAAAAGCCAUCUCAACCAGGUCUUAGAGGAACGAAAUGAGACUCAGAGGCAGCUCUCCCGAGAACAGAAUGCCAGAAUGUUACAAGAUGGGAUUCUUGCAAGUCACCUCUGCAAGCAAAAGGAGAUAGAAAUGACGCAGAAGAAAAUGACUUCUGAGGUUUCUGUUAGUCAUGAAAAAGAAAAAGAUCUAUUGCAUAAAAACCAGAGGCUGCAGGAUGAAGUUGCUGUGUUACGACUGGAAAUGGACACAAUAAAAAGCCAUAACCAGGAGAAGGAAAAGAGGUAUCUUGAGGAUAUUAAGAUUGCAAAUGAGAAGAAUGACAACCUUCAAAGGAUGGUCAAGCUGAAUGAAGAAACAUUUACAAAAACCAUAUUCCAGUAUACUGGACAGCUUAAUAGUCUUAAAGCUGAGAACACAAUGCUGAGUUCUAAGCUGGACAACGAAAAACAAAAUAAGGAGAGACUGGAAACAGACGUUGAGUCGUUCCGAUCUAGGCUGGCUUCUGCUCUGCAUGAUCACGCUGAAAUUCAGACAGCAAAAAGAGACCUAGAAAUUGCUUUCCAGAGAGCGAGAGAUGAGUGGUUUCGUGUGAAAGACAAGAUGAAUUUCGAUAUGUCUAACCUCCGAGAUAACAAUGAGGUUCUCUCCCAACAGCUUUCUAAAACUGAAAGGAAGUUGAAUAGCCUAGAAAUUGAGUUUCAUCACACGAAAGAUGAGCUUCGAGAGAAGACGCUGGCGUUAAAGCAUGCGCAGAGAGACCUGAGCCAGACCCAGUGCCAGAUGAAGGAGGUGGAGCACAUGUUUCAGGACGAACAAGGCAAAGUGAGCAAGUUCAUGGGGAAGCAGGAGUCCAUAGAGGAGAGGCUGGCCCAGCUGCAGAGUGAGAACACGCUGCUCCGGCAGCAGCUGGACGACGCUGCCAACAAGGCCGAGAGCAAAGACAAGACCAUAGUCAACAUCCAAGACCAGUUCCAGGAUGUGCUAACCAGGUUCCAAGCUGAGAGUCAGCGGCACAGCCUGAGGCUAGAAGACAGAAACCAGGAGUUAGUCAGUGAGUGCAGCCAUCUAAGAGAAAGACUGUGUCAGUACGAGAACGAGAAAGCCGAAAGAGAGGUAGUUGUGAGGCAACUCCAGCAAGAAUUGGCUGAUACCCUAAAAAAGCAGUCGAUGUCAGAGGCUUCGCUGGAAGUCUCCUCCCGCUACCGCAGCAAUUUAGAAGAAGAGGCGCGAGACUUAAAGAAGAAAUUAGGUCAGCUCAGAAGUCAGUUGCAGGAGGCGCGGGAUCAACACAGAGAGGCUGUACACCAUGCUGAGAAGAUGGAAGACCACCUACAAAAGCUUGAACUUGAAAAAUCCAAGUUCGAAAUUACAAUUAAAAAGCAAUCAGAGGAAAUUGAUCAACUUCAGGAAAACCUGUCAAGGGUGAAUUUGUCUGAAGAGGAUAAGGAAAAACUGCAGAAACUUACCGAGUUGAAGGAGUCUCUGGAAUGUACUGUGGAUCAAGAACAGAAGAGAAGCAGUGCGUUAGAAAAAGAACUGGCAGAAUUUAAGGAAGUCUUAAAAAUGACCAAAAAAGAAUUAAAUGAAUAUGAAAACAGAGAACUUAAUCUUCGUCAAGAUAUAAAAAACAAUCACCUUGAAAUGGAUAUCCCAGUUAGUACACUAAUAAAAAAGAUUGAUGAUCUUACAGCAAAACUGGAAACUGCAUCUUCAAAAUGUCUACAUCUGGGUAAAAAAAAUCAGCUGCUUCAGCAGGAGUUACUAUUGAUGAGGACUAUACAAAAGAAGUGUGGGAAACUAGAGAAGAAUAAAAAGCAAUUGGAGCAGGAGGUCGUGAACCUCAGAAGUCACAUGGAGAAGAACAUGGUGGAGCACAGCCAAGCACAGCAGUACGCGCGGGAGGUCGAAGAGCGAGCGAGGCAGGACUUGGUGGAAAAGUUAAAACAGGUCAACCUCUUCCUGCAGGCUCAAGCAGCAUCCCAGGAGAGCUUGGAGCAGUUAAGAGAGAACAGUAACGCUUCGGUUAGAAGUCAGAUGGAGCUCAGGAUUAAAGACCUGGAGUCCCAGCUCUACAGAAUGAAAGCCCAGGAAGACUUCGAUAAAAUAGAACUGGAAAAGUAUAAGCAGCUCUACCAGGAAGAGUUCAGAGCUAGAAAAUCGCUGUCAAGUAAACUAAACAAGACCAGUGAGAAGCUGGAGGAGGCCAGCAGCAAGCUGCUCCUGGAGGAGCAGCAGAACAGGUCCUUGCUGAGCACUCUGAGUACAAGGCCUGUUGUGGAGUGUCCUUGUGUUGGAAGUUUCCAUAAUAGUUUGGUAUUCAACAGAACUCUUAUUCCAAGAGAAAACAUAGUGGUUCCUACUUCAGGCCUACAGCCAUCAAAUAAGAGAGUGGAGAUCUACCUGACCAAGAUGCAUCAAGAGUUGGAAAAAAGUAUAAAUAGAGAACUUAAAGAAGCUACUGCUGAACUUGAAUCUGAGUUCUGCAGAGUUUCUCCCCUGGGAUCUGCUACUAAAGCAAGCCAAGAUCAACUCUCAGACGCAUCGCAAGAAUUUAUAGACAUUCUAAAGAAAAAAUAUAUGAUCUGCUGAAUUUAAAAAGAGAAAAAGGAAGAAAAAGUAGAAGUGGGACUUUUUGGGAGAGAGGAUCAGAGAAGUUAAAGGGGCACGUGCUGUGUGUCUGAAAUGUCUCCGUGGCCUGGGUGUGGUGGCACGUGUCUUUGACUCCAGCACUUGGGAAGCAGAGGCUGGUAGAUCUCUGAAUUCAAGGGCAGUCAGAGCUACAUGUCUCAUACUGAAAAAUAAAGUCAUAAUGGAACCUACUAUUUUGUACAAAUAAUACACAUUAAUAUACAUGAUCUAAAAUAUAACAUUUUGGGCUGGAAAGGUGCCUCAGGAGUUUGAGAGCACUGGCAGCUCUUCCCUAGGUCCUGAAUUCAGUUCCCAGCAUCCAUAUGGUGGCUCUAACCAUCUAUAAUGUGAUCUGGUGUCCUCUUUUGAUGUGCAGGAUUAUGUGCAAAUAGAACACUCAUAUUCAUAAAAUAAAUCUUUAAAAAAAGAAAACAAAGAUAUAAGUGCUUAUUAAAAUAAAUAAAACAUAUUUAUUAAACUGUUUAUAUUUGUAUUAACCAUAUAACUUGAAAGCACGAGAAAAACUUUUUCGUCAUAUGUAUUAGAAAUUAAUAUAUUUACCAGGAGUUUUUUGGUGGUCGUAAGCAGAUUUUGCAAGUAUUAUUGAACCAGUAUUACUAAAUUUUACUUAUGAAAACACCCUAAAGCGAGUUGUUCAAACAACCAAGUUACCGUGAAUACUUUGGUGGGAUGAAAUACCAUCCUUGUGUUUAUAUUUUUCUAUUUUUGUCACUCUGCAUGGGCCAAAAGAUUUAGCCAGACAUCAGUUCAGUUCAGUAGGCUGCUGCCUUGGCCACUGUUAAUGUUUUCACGGUUCCCAGCCAUAGUGUUGCCACCAAACUUAACUUUAAUUUUAAGCACUGAUCAUUCUUGAUCCUGUGGAACAGCACGAUGACCUAAGGCUUUUCACCAAGUCUCUUUAUUCAUUUGCUGGUUCAUCCUUGAUAGUUUUUUCAAGUCAUAAAAUUAGGGAGAAGCUCAGGUAAUUCUAUCCCGCUCGUCUGAACCAUUUGAGAGAGCCUUGCUGCCGGCCAUUGUCAUUCCUUACUACUUCAGUAUUUAUUGUAGUUAGCAACGCUCUAAGUAACUGUAGUGUCGCCUUUGUAACGAGAAGGCUAACACUAACAGAUUCCUUUCCAGCUUGGCUUCUUCUCUACAGUGUCCUUUAAUAAAGACUGGUCCCAUUCGGACCGAUGGGUCCCAGGUACUGACGUUCUGAGACUCCUUCAGUCUGGAACAUUGUUCAGUCCUUCCUGGACUUUCACGACCUUAAAUCUUCAAGGGGCAAUUCGUGUAGUAUGUUCUUGAAUUGAAUUUUUCUAUUUUAUUAUGUUUCAUCGCGCAUUCUUGGCAGAAGUAUUACAGAAGUAAUUUUUCUCACUUAAUCCUAUUAUGUGAUCUCUAAUAUAGAUGUUUCUCUGUUAUUAUGAUGUUGAUAUUGAUCACUAGAGCAAUUACCUACUGUUUUUCCUCAGUAUAUUUACUUUUGUUUUGUAAUAAUUGAUAUGUGGAGAGAUAAUUUGUGACUGUAAAUAUCUGCUUCUUAUCAAAUGUACAAUAUAUUCAUUUACUAGUAUUCAUGUAGAUUAAUGGCUCUUUAUUUUAUUUAAUGAGAUAUAAGUUAUUGAUAACAAAUUAUUUUUAUAUUUUAAUAAAUUAAAUUUUUGAGAAUUUCA